AUUUUUGACUUCCCGAAUGCCAUCACCUCUGAUAAUUGCUGGUGUUAUUACUUCCAAGUGUAAUUGGUGAAAUUGGACUUGUUCUAAAGAUGCCAGUGAAAAAGAAAGGGGGAAAAUCCAAAUCUGGAGGUAAAAAGAAAGGGGCAAAGAAAGUUAAGAAGUCAAAGGAUGAGUUAGCCAAGGAAAAGCUCGAGAAAGCAGCAUCAGCCUUUGAGGCUGCAGAUGAUCUUCAUGCUGCAUUUGUAGCUCGUAUGGACAAAUGGAUGCUUGAUAACUAUGCCCGGGCUAUUGAUCUCUUUCGUCGUUUUGAUGUUGAUGGUGAUGGUAGCUUGUCAUAUGAGGAGUUCUACGCAGGAAUGCGAGACUUAAAUGCACCUGCUAACAACCUUGAGUUGUAUGUCCUUGCGAAGAAGCUAGAUAGAGAUGCUAAUGGUCUGCUGGACUAUCUUGAGUUUUCCAAAGGCUUGAAAUAUUACAAGAAGGAAGAGUGUGUCCAAGAUGAUGGGCUACCAGUUUUGAAGUUUGAGAGAGAAGAGCUGGAACAAUGUCCUUGUUGUAAACUGGGAUUAUGGCAACCUCCUAAAGAAAAGUAUCCGAGGUUUAUAAGUAUGGAGCUCAAACUUGUAACAUUUGCCAACCUGCCACACUUGAAGUCUUAUCCAGGACAUUUCCAGAUCUUUGUUCAUGCCCACAUACCAGUUUAUUCCAUAGAAUCGAUAAUCCAUGAGAGGUUUGGAGGAACGACAAGGAAAGUUAUCAUAUACUGCACCACUAAAGAAGGGAAAAGAGUACAGCUGGAUCGACAUAAGACUCUUGAGGAGUGUGGCUUUUCUGGUGGCCCUCGGCCAGAACCCCAGCUUGUAGAGUUAUUAUAUGACUUUCAUGUAGAAUUCAAUGAUUGCCCAAUUCUUAUGAGUGAUCAUUAUUUUACAUAACAGUGUGAUUUAAAAGCCAUUGUUUUCCUGUGACUUUGACAGGGUAAUGGCCUGGGGUGUGCAGGUGGGUGGGAGUGUGCGGCCCACUUGCCAAAACCCUUACAGUACCCUAUUUAUGUGCAAAAUCUGUGAUUUUCUCUACCCUAGUUAUGACCUGACCAAAAAUUUGGGUAAAAACUUGCAGCAGUCAUUUUUCAUCAAUGAUAGAGUCGUGCAAUAAUUCUCUUGUGUGCAACCAUAUACGUGCACUGUUAACCUGAGAGAAAAUCUGCUCUCAGAGUCUUUACUGGACAGACCCUGCUACUCUUGAUCCGUGCAGUCUGUGAAGACGUUAUGAGCUUAUACUCUUCCUGUGUGACACAAGUGCUAGUUGAUUACCGGUAUAUAACAUUUGGAUUAAUAUAUCAAUUUUGGAAUAUCUGUGUGAAUAUGAAAUGGUAGCCUGAGACAUACCUUUCUUUGAAAAAAUGGAAUGUGUAGUGCUCAGUAACCUUUAUUAUCUUAUUUAGCUGGCAGUUGACAUGAGAAUUUUCAUUGCAAGGCAGGUGUGAUUUAUUUUUUAGUACAAGAUAUACUACAAGUCUGUCAUACAUGUCUUUUUCUACAUUUGGCUACAGUUCACCAGGUUAUUUUAGAGAGUGAUUUGUUUUUUGAUACAGUGAAUAAAAAAUAGAGCAAAGAUGUUCUGUGGAGCUUUUUGAAAAAUAUAGCUGCGAGGUUUUAUAGAAAAACUAA